UGUCCUCUGUCUCACUGUGUCCUCUGUCUCACUGUGUCCUCUGUCUCACUGUGUCCGCUGUCUCACUGUGUCUCCUGUCUCACCGUGUCCUCUGUCUUGUCCUUGUCUUUCAGAGCGGCUCUACACCUCUCAGGGUCCGGAGCUGAGACGCUGCCUGUUCUCCCUCAAACAGCUGUUCCAGGAUGAUAAAGACCUGGUCCCGGAGUUCGUGGCAUCUGAAGGUUUGACGUGUUUCAUUAAAGUCGGAGCCGAAGCAGACCACAACUACCAGAACUACAUCCUGAGAGCUCUCAGUCAGAUCAUGCUCUUCGUUGAUGGGAUGAACGGAGUGAUUCAGCAUAACCACACGGUGCAGUGGCUCUACAGCCUGACCGGCAGUCUGUCUCGUCUGGUGGUCAAAACUUCUCUCAAGCUGCUCAUCGUCUUUGUCGAAUACGCCGAGUCCAACAGUCCUUUGCUGAUCAAUGCCGUCAACACCGUGGACUCAAACCGAGGUCAGAAGCCUUGGAGUUGUCUGAUGGAGGUUCUGAAGGAGAAAAACGGUUCCGACACCGAGCUGCUCAUCUUCGCCAUGACGCUCAUCAACAAGACUCUGGCCGUCCUCCCGGACCAGGACUCCUUCUAUGACGUGGUGGACAGUCUGGAGCAGUUGGACAUGGAGACGGUGGUCCAGAGACACCUGAGCAGCCUGGCCACCGAGCCGGCCCUGCGGGCCCAGUUCACCGUCUACGAGACGGCUCUGCGAUACGAGGACGGAGACGUGGACGAUUCGUCCCCUCACCUGCGGAAGGACCGCAGGAAGCCGGCGGCCGGCGAGCAGGAAGUGAGGAAGAGCCGCCGCUCCUCCAGCCAGACCCUCCCGGACCUGCUAGCCUCCCCUGGCUCCGCCCCCUGCCGCUCCCCCCUCCCUUCCGACCCCCCCUCCUACCCCCCCGUUCCCCCCGGGCCAAGGGACGAGCCGGGCAGCAGGUCUUCGUCCCCGGUGGUCUCAGACCCCAGUAGCUCCGCCUCCAGCCCAGCCGGAUCCCCGCUGCCCCCCCACCCUGAACCCAGUGGCACCCCAGAGCCUGAGACCACCGCCCCCCAUCCUGAACCCAGUGGAACCCCAGAGCCUGAGACUACUGCCCCCCUGAGCCCGAGUCGCUCCUUCCUCAGCCACCACAUGUCAGUUCUGGGUCUGAGCAGGAAGUCCCGCCUCUUCUCUAAAGCCAGCUCCGCCCACGAGGAGCCGCCCAGCAGCGCCACGUUGACCCAGACGACCUCGGAGCAGCCGGGCCGGGCCGAAAACAAAUCCAGCUUCAAGAUGAAAUCUCCAGUUUUAAUCAUUUCUCGAACUUGGGAUGAAGACCAGGUGUUCUGCCCGGAGGACGUUAGCUUAACCACCGACAAGCCGGUUCUCAGGAAAUUCGAAGACACCUUCCUCCGCAGCCUCUCAGCUGCUCAGUGGGACAAAAAGAGGAGGAGCAAGAAGUCCUCUCAGUCCAGACCGUCUGAGACCCGGAAACCCCCGUCCCAGGAGGAGGUGCAGGAGGAGGAGCGACGGGAGCAGGAGGAGGAGCGACGGGAGCAGGAGGAGGAGCGACGGGAGCAGGAGGAGGAGCGACGGGAGCAGGAGGAGGAGCGACGGGAGCAGGAGCAGCAGGAGCAGGAGGAGCAGCAGGAGCAGCAGGAGGAGCGACAACAGGAGGAAGAGCACAGGAAGGAGGAACAAAAAGAGGAGGAGCAUGCAUACCGUGAAAGUGGGCGGAGUCGAGUCCUGGAGCGUCUCUCUGACCUGAGAACCCGCUCAGGGGACACGUCCGUCCCCUCUGAGGACAGCCUGUCCAGGAGGGCGGAGCUACAGGGACUGGAAGGCUCCGCCCAGGCGGCGCUGAACCGACUGGCUGAGGAGCAGCAGACUCGUCUCGUCCCCCAGCAGGGCAGUGUGGACGUGGAGACGCCGUCCCAGCGGGUGGAGGCGUCCGGCUCUUGGGAGCGCCUCCACCUGCGAGCGGCCAUGCUGCGGAUCAAAGACCUGGACUUCUCUGACCUGAUGGAGGACGAGGACAUCGACGUCCUGGACGUGGACUCCUCCCGUCCCGCCGCCUCCUCCACCCUCGGUGCUCCUCCUCCUCCUCCUCCUCUUCCUCCUCCUCUUCAGGGCAUGGCUCCUCCCCCUCCCCCGCCUCCCCCUCCCCCUGGAGGGAUUCCUCCGGCUCCGCCCCCUCCCCCUUCAGGGAUUCCUCUGGCUCCGCCCCCUCCCCCUGGAGGGCUUCCCCUGGCUCCGCCCCCUCCCCCCUCCUCCGCCCUGAAGAAGAAGAAGACGGUGAAGCUGUUCUGGAAGGAGCUGAAGCAGACGGACAGCGCCACCCGCUGCCACUUUGGGCGAGGGACGGUGUGGACGUCUCUGGACCGGGUGUCGGUGGACACGGCCCGCCUGGAACACCUGUUUGAGUCCAAGGCCAAGGAGCUGACCGUCGCCAAGAAGGGGGCGGAGACGAAGAGGGCGGAGCUUCUGGUUCUGGACUCCAAGCGGAGUAACGCCAUCAACAUCGGCCUGACGGUUCUGCCGGCGCUGCACGUCAUCAAGGCGGCCAUCUUGAACUUCGACGAAUUCGCCAUCAGCAAGGAGGGCAUCGAGAAGAUCCUGACCAUGACGCCGUCGGACGAGGAGAAGCUGCGGAUCCAGGAGGCCCAGCUGGCGGACCCGGACCUCCCUCUGGGCCCCGCCGAGGCCUUCCUGCUGGGCCUGGCCUCCAUCAGCGCCCUGAGACCCCGACUGCAGCUCUGGAGCUUCAAGCUGAACUACGAGGCUCUGGAGAAGGAGAUCGCCGAGCCGCUCUUCGACCUGAAGCUGGGGAUGGAGCAGCUGGCGUCCAAUCAGACGUUCCGGAGGAUUCUGGCUACGCUGCUGGCGAUCGGCAACUUCCUGAACAGCUCCAACGCCCGGGGCUUCGAGCUGACCUACCUGGAGAAGGUGGUGGAGGUGAAGGACACCGUCCACCGUCAGUCCCUGCUGCAUCACACCUGCAGCCACGUGCUGGAAAAUUACCCAGAAUCCUCGGAUGUCUACUCCGAAAUCCCCGCCGUCACCCGCUCAGCCAAGGUGGACUUCGAGCUCCUGGCAGAGAACCUGGUGCAGCUAGAGCACCGCUGCAAAGCAUCAUGGGAGAACCUGAAAAUCGUCUCCAAGCAUGAAACCAGAGCGGCGGUGAAGAACCGGCUGAGCGACUUCCUGAAGGACUGCAGCCACAAGAUCCAGAUCCUGAAGGUGGUCCACCGCAGGGUCAUCAACAGGUUCCACUCCUUCCUGCUGUUCCUGGGUCAACCUUCGACCUCUGUCCGGGAGGUCAAGGUCACGGACUUCUGCCGCAUCAUCAGCGAGUUCGCGUUGGAGUACCGGACGACCCGGGACCGGGUCCUGACCCUGAGACGGAGACGGGCCGCGCACCGCCAGAGGACCAAGACCCGCGGCAAGAUGAUCACCGAGACGGAGAAGUUCUCGGGGGCGGUCCCUCUCCAGGACGGCCCCUCGCUGGCGUCCAUGGCGACGGAGGUGGAGCCCGGUCAGGAGGAGGAGCACGAGAACAUGAAGAACCUCCUGACCCUCGCCGACCCCCGAGCCCCGAGGCGGUCCCGGGCCGUCCGCAGUCCCGGCUGGCUGAGCCCGUCCCCGAUGGGAGCGGCUAAGGAGGACGGUUCUGGUCCUCAGGACGACGCCACAGACGAGAUCAUGGACCGGCUGGUCAAGUCCGUCACCCAGAACCCGUCAGACCGGCCCUCCAGCCCCAAGACCCGCAGACGGUCCCGGGUCAACAGGAAGUCACUGAGGAGGACUCUGAAACGUGGUCUCAGUCUGGAUGUGGUCCAAGCUCUGGGUCUCAACAAUCAGACGGAGGACAGAGUCUGAGUGGGGACGGUCCUCCUCCUCUUCCUCCUCCUCCUCUUCCUCCUCAGAACAGACUCACAAACAGAAGAACAGAUGUUAAAAAUGUUCAGAAUGUGCACAAAUUCAGAAGCUGUGUGUGUGUGUGUGUGUGUGUGUGUGUGUGUGUGUGUGUGUGUGUGUGUGUGUGUGUGUGUGUGUGUGUGUGUGUGUGUGUGUGUGUGUGUGUGUGUGUGUGUGUGUGUGUGUGUGUGUGUGUGAGUUCAUUCAAUCUUGCUUCAAUUGCUUCAUUAAUAAAGUUUUUCG